AUGUCUGAGGUUUCUCAAUUCCCAGCUGGCCUUAGGGUCCUUGCAAUUGAUCAUGACCCCUCAGUUCUUGAAUUCACUAGGCAAAUAUGUAGUCAACUCAAAUAUCACGUUGUCACAUGCACCGAAUCACCAUUUGCUUUGAAUCUUGUGAGGGAAAUAAAGGCUUGCAUCGAUGUGAUCCUCAUGGAGCUUGACAUGCCAAACUUGGAUGGCCAUGAAUUCCUUCAACAUGCCAAGAAGGAUAUUCAAAUUCCAGUUAUCGUGAUGUCUGCUGACAAUGCUAAGGGUUCCGUGAUGAAGGCUGUAAGAAACGGGGCUUGUGAUUAUUGGAAUAAGCCCUUGCAUGUGAAUCAGUUCAGGAACAUGUGGAUACAUGCAGCAAGGAAAGCCUUUAGUGAAAACAAGAAUUAUGUCAUAUUGGAGAAUAAUAAUUCUGAAUUUGGUUCUUCUACUGUUAUUGAAGCCACAGAAAUAUUCAGAGACCAAAACAAUAGCAGUUCAAGAGAAUCUGAUGAAUCGGAACAUUCUUGUCAACCCCCAGCAAAAAAGCCACGUGUAAUAUGGACACCAAUGCUGCAUCGUGAAUUUCUCAAGGCAGUGAAGCAAAUUGGGGAUGAUAAAGCUGUGCCAAAGAAAAUUCUUGAAGUGAUGAAUAUCGCUGGUUUGACAAGAGAUCACGUUGCCAGUCAUUUGCAGAAAUAUAAGCAUCAUAUGAAGAGUACAUCUAAUGGGGCAACACAGCAACAGAAUGAGAUGAAGAAUACAUCUAAUGGAGCAACACAGCAACAGAAUGAGAUGAAGAGUACACUGAAUGGAGCAACACAGCAACAGAAUGAGAUGAAGAGUGCAUCUAAUGGAGCAACACAGCAACAGAAUGAGGUGAAGAGUACAUCUAAUGAGAUGGCAUUGCCAAACACAGAAUCUGGUGCACUUGUGAGAGUGGACUUCCAAUCUUUGGCUGCUACUAACCAUGUUUCCUAUAACACCUUGACAACCUUUGAUACAGAAAAAGAGGCUAACCAUUCCAAUCAAGAACAAGGUGUGACACAUGGUCAUCCUUCUAACAUUGCCAUUAUCAAUAAUUUUUCUCAGCCAAUCAUGGAUCCAUCUAUAUAUGGAGUGUUCAAGGAUACACAGCAGCAGCAGCAGCAGAAGACAAUGAUGCAUCAUCAAAUUAGUCCUAUCAAUCUUCAGCCAUCUUUUGCCACCGAGAAUAUUAAUAAUGAUUUAGUAUCACCUCAAACUAUUGAUGCAAACACCUUAGGUUUCACAAGUGGUGAUAUGAGAUCCUUUUCUGCACAAGGGUCAGAUGCACUAGUUCCCUAUGGUUCACAAUCUGGUGACUUAAUUUAUGAUCAAGAGUAUACCGACAUCCUAACUUGGUUACUUGAAGAUUCAGCAUCUGCAAGAGACCCAAAUUUCUCCAAAGAUAUUGUUGAUCACAACACAACAAAUUUGAUCAGCUAAAUUAAGAGGUUUUAUAUAUAAAGAUUCACUGAAUACUUUUUGGGGUUUAUAGUAAGGAAAUUUUUAUGUUGGUGUCCGUAGACAUGAAAAUAGAUUAUAUGAAUGAUUGAUCUCAACUUCAUCUUUCUUGAUAUUUUUUGGGACAUUAUAUUCUGCACUUUUUUUUUGUUACAACUAUCCAGCAUGUUAUCCACACGCUAACUAAAAACUUGAUAUACACCAUUUUAUCCCAAAUUUAUGUAAGGCA